CCCGUCUGGUCAUAAUAACCUCGUCCCGCUGAUGUGAUCGAUCACAUGUGAUUAUUACAGUGUUAUCACUGCUGUUAUAAUCAAACAUGAGUGAGCUCCCCUGUGAAGAAGAAGAAGAAGACGUGCUGUGUCUGAGCAGAAGAGCCCUGAGGAGCAUCCCAGCAUCUGUGUUACACACCACACAUCUGAAGAGUUUGUAUCUGGAGGGGAAUGAGAUCAGCAGUCUCCCUGAGCGUUUCUUCAGCAGGAUGUCGUCUCUGGUCUGGUUGGAUGUGAGGAACAAUCGACUCUCAGGUUUACCAGCCGCCAUCGGACAACACCGGUGCUUGAAGACGUUACUGCUGGAGGGGAACCCGAUCUCAGCGCUUCCUCCAGAGCUGGGUCAUGUGAUCACGCUGAAGGCCUUGAGUCUGAGGAAGUGUCCGCUCGUGUUUCCUCCUCAAGACGUCUUGGACCGCGGCCUGCCCUCCAUUCUCCAUUACCUGCGCUCCUCCGCACUGACUGACGAGUCUGCUGCUGUGGAGAAGCUGUGUCUGUCUGAACUGGAGCAGUGUGAGGAGGACGAGCCGGAGAUAUUACGCUUUGAGGAGCUCCGGCGCAGGAUGAUCCAGGUGGAGCAGGCUGAAUUAGGGUCGGCCGGCGACGGAGGAACCAGAACACCCAGAGCUGAUCUCAUCAGCAGCUGCUUUAUCAGAUUAAACAUUGUGUCUGCACUCGAUGAUGUUCAGAGGAGCCCAGCAGUCUAGUGAGAGUUCAGACGCUUACUAAUAAAGGUUCCACUAAGUCUGCUGGUUCAUGAUGAACUUUCAACAUCCAUGGAGCCUUUCCAAGACCUUUAUAGUGGAGAACGAGUUUAAAAUCUGACGCUGGAUCACAAAACCUGUGUGUGGAACAGAAAAUCUUACAUUCAUAAAUUCAAAGCAUUAAAAAAAUUAUUUCCACACCAAUAUCGUAACAUCCUUAAAUCAAUAUACAUUUACUGCAGAUGCAAAAGGAAGAUAUGAAGCCUUGCUUUCUGAUAAACUGAUUAAAAUGAAGUGAAUUUAUCAUUCAAACGAGAAGCGUAUCUGGUGAGUGGAGAAUGAAAAGUAGUUUUGCUUUGAAUUAAAGCUGCAGUAGGCAACUUUUGUAAAAAUA